AUGGCAGCGGCGCCUCCUUUGGUCAUGCAGCUCAUUGUAGACCGCGAACUGAUCAAGUCGGGCUGGUCGAUGGGGCCCAUGAUGGCACAGGCUGCGCAUGCAUCGACGGCGAUUGUCGUUCAGACCCGUGAUCGGAAGGACACGCAAGACUACGUGAGUGAGGCGAAUCUCGCUCACAUGCACAAAAUCGUGCUGCAGGCGCCCAAGAAUGUGACCCUGACGGACCUGUCCAGCCAACUUCAUGCAGCCGAGUCCGAUCCGUCGAUGCCGCCCCACUAUCUCUGGACCGAGCAGCCAGAAAACGUACCGACGUGCCUCGCCAUGGCCCCGAACCGAAAGCCGGCCGUCCUGACCGCUCUCCUCAAAAAAUGUACAUUGCUGCGCAGCUAA